CAUCAUCAGUAACCCCGUGGCUACCUCCCAUGGCAUGGAAGUGCGAAAUCUUGUUUACGUUAGAUUUUACUCUUUUUCUUCUUUCACCUAAAAGCAAACAUGAAUGAAUCCAAACACAUUGUUUGCACUUAUUAGAAUUUGCAUAGCAUCAGAGGAGUACCCAACUCUUCACUCUUGGAAUUAGAUGGUUUUCACUUUUCAUGGAUCGCAUUUGCAUCAGGAGCAGCAUCUGAUCUGACGGUCAAUAACUGGGCAGGACUAUUUCUACACAAGUACCCCUUUCUACAGAAUAGGAGGAGGGGCCAAUACAGGAGACUAGGAGAGUGGUCGAUGCCCCGGGCGCGUGUUCCUUUACCAACGGCGACCGUUCGACCCAUGCCUGUUGGAUCUCGUCUCAUUUCUCAAGUUUUACGAGUCCACGAAGCUAACUCUUUACUCUAAUUUUCUUUUUCCGAUCUCGGAUCAGAUUCAUAAUCUUCACACGUUUAAAUUUAAUUUCAUCAAGUGCUGGUUGGGCAGGUUUGUGGGAUUGCUACAACAGCUAUAACAAGCAGUAUAAGAAAAUUCUCAUUUUGUUUUCAUGGAGAAGCAACUUAAAUAGAGCUUAAUGGGGAUCUAUGAAAUGGCCCCAGCAAGCAAGUCUGGUAAGAAGGCGGCAGUAGAUGCAGCUUCAUGGAUGUUCAACGUUGUCACUUCCGUCGGGAUCAUCAUUGUCAAUAAAACUUUGAUGGCCACCUACGGCUUUAGUUUUGCUACAACAUUAACUGGUCUGCACUUUGCCACCACAACACUGAUGACCUCUGUUCUUAGGUGGCUAGGGUAUAUCCAGGCCUCCCAUCUGCCACUACCUGAACUUCUGAAAUUUAUCCUUUUUGCUAACUUCUCCAUUGUUGGAAUGAAUGUGAGCCUAAUGUGGAACUCAGUGGGAUUCUAUCAGAUUGCGAAGCUGAGUAUGAUUCCCGUAUCCUGUCUUCUUGAAGUCGUCUUCGACAAGAUUCGAUACUCUAGAGAUACAAAGCUUAGUAUAGCAGUUGUUCUACUAGGUGUUGCAGUGUGCACAGUCACUGAUGUUAGUGUCAAUGCUAGAGGCUUCAUUGCUGCUUUUGUAGCAGUUUGGAGCACUUCUCUGCAACAGUAUUAUGUACACUUCCUCCAAAGGAAGUAUUCACUUAGCUCUUUCAAUUUGUUGGGCCAUACUGCACCAGCUCAGGCUGCAACGCUGCUGUUGAUUGGGCCUUUCCUUGAUUUCUGGUUGGCAAACAAAAGAGUUGAUACCUUUGAUUAUAGCUUGAUGUCUGUGUUAUUCAUUAUUCUUUCGUGCACCAUUGCAGUAGGGACCAAUCUCAGCCAAUUCAUCUGCAUUGGUAGAUUCACGGCUGUGUCCUUCCAAGUCCUUGGCCACAUGAAGACUAUCCUUGUAUUGAUCUUGGGAUUUUUUUGUUUUGGGAAGGAGGGUUUAAGUCUACAAGUAGUGGUUGGCAUGAUCAUAGCAGUGGUAGGAAUGAUUUGGUAUGGCAGUGCCUCAUCUAAGCCAGGAGGGAAAGAGCGUAGGAGCCAUUCAAUGUCAAACAACAGACAACAAAAGCAUGGUGGGUCGUCUGAUUCCAGUGAACAUGAUGAGAAUGUUUAGAAUUAAUACAAGGUGGUUAUUUUGAUAUUAUAGCCUCCUGAUAUUGAAGGUUAGAGCCACAUUUUUUUAAUUCCAAGUUUCUCUCCUUGGUCGUGCAUUUUUUCAAGGGGACAAAUACUAUCAGGUAGGAUGCAGAUCCCUAAAAUAUUCAUCCUGUCAUGAUCAUAAUCUAUAGUAAUUUAUUUUCUUCCUCAU